GCAUGACGAUCAUCCUACGACUCGUAAAAUAGAAUUCGUUGGAAGUAAUGCAGGGUGGUCUCCAUUCGUGUAUGUUUGUGCAUCGCAACUACUUCACGUAGCAGAUACACCUCUCCCGAAUCGUGGACCCCGUUCUACAGCAUUCGCUGAGCGAUAAUUACUAAUAUGGGGCUAGUGUGAUUGCAAUCCCUCUCCGGCUCCCGGUGAAGUUGUAUCUUGAAGAUUCGGGUUUCGCCAUUGCGCAGCCGGUGGCGAUGAAGAGAUAUUCGAAAAGUUUGCUUUUCAGUGUGCUUAUCACGGCCUCGCUGGGAGUCGUCACAGUGGAGGUGUUGCUGCUUGCUGAGCUGGGUAACUCAUCAUUAGUGAUCUGUGGCAAGGGAUGCGUGGAAAGGCAUAUCCGAACCUGGAUGAAAGGAGCCACGAAGAUUGCAGCGCAAGCUGCUGCAUCAGCUGGAAUCGACGUCAAAUUCCCUGUCAAAGCUGGAAGAGUUCUUGUAGCACCCGGUCUUCAUGUUUCCCCAGCUACCUCUACGUCUGCAGUAGCGCCGUCUGCCCCGAUAACGACUGUAACUAUCAGAGUUGCAACUGCACCACCAACUACACGGCCAACGUCUAGAAAAGCAACAACGACCUCAGCUCCGAAAAGAGCUCCUACAAGACUUUGUGCUGACGUUUUGUGUGCUCAGAAUAGCUGCUGCUGCGCUGUACAGGAAGUGCCCAACACGCAACUCACGCCGGACCUGAACACAGUACCUGACGAAAAUGCACUGAUAACCCGUCUCAAGAUGACCGGCAUCAAGGAAGGCGGCUGGUGGCAGCCGGAGGGCUGUACUGUGGAGCAUUCGCUGGCCAUUGUCAUCCCAUUUCGCAACCGUGAAGCGCACUUGCUGAUCUUUCUCCAGCACAUUCACCCGUACCUGCAGAGACAGAAGUUGGCGCACACAGUCUACGUUGUUGAUCAAGUUGACAAGCUCCCGUUCAACCGCGGAACCUUAUUCAACAUCGGAUAUCGCGAAGCUAUGGCCGAGCGCAACUACACUUGUCUAUCAUUUCACGACGUUGACAACUUACCCGUUGAUCCCAUGCUGAGCUAUCGUUGCGGACCACAGCCACAGCACAUGGCAGCGAGGACAGACAAGUGGAAGUGGGGUGCCGAGUCUCCAGUGUUCAUGGGUGGCGUUACCAAACAGACACCGGACCAGGUAGUGAGAAUGAACGGAUUUGCAAAUCGCUUCUGGGGCUGGGGUGGGGAAGACGAUGACAUUCUCGUACGUUGGAUAUCGACCGGUUACAAGUUUAACCAACCGCCAUCACCUGGUGGUCGAUAUGCUACAAUCAAACGUGACCACUUUCAGUCUUCCGCACCUAACCCGCAACGGUUUAAGUUACUGCAAAGUGCAUAUUCUUAUGUGAAAUCAGAUGGUUUGAAUAAACUCGAGUAUAAACUGGUGGAGAAGAAGCAACAUGCGCUCUAUACUCGUCUGCGUGUGGAGCUUCGGAGGCAAAGUGACGCAGUGAAUGGAUUGACAGCGCGCGCAAGCACAAUGUACCCAGUUAAAACGGCUCCCUUUUGAAAAUUGUUUCAAUGAGUGAUGUGUCGCUUUAUUUUGGUGCUUUUAUCCAAUGUCAUGCAGUCGUAUUUAUUCAGGUUAUAUUUCUUGUGUACUUGCUUAUUAGUUUAGUCCCGCAACUUGCGAUAAAAUGAUUAACUGUAGCACGCAUAACAGUACAUUCAUAUCCCACUUUUAUGUUUAUGUAUACAGUUGAACAUCGAUUAUCCGACCACCUCUGGGCAGACAACUGUCAGGCGGUGUUCAGAUAAGGCAAAUGUUCCGCAUAAGAAAAAAACUGUCACUCGCACACUUUCAGUGGUUAUUACUAGCCGCACGACCUUUUUACUUUUCAAAUUUUCGUAUUUUUUGAAUGGCUCACUACAUGCACAGUGCGUUCUCUACGGCACGUGAGCCCAAAAAAACUGUUACGGAUAAUCGAAUGGUCGGAUAGUCGAUGU